AUGGACCAAACAGUGCAAGAACAAAUAAAAAGCAUCUGGGGGUGGAUGGCGUACCAGAGAACAAGGAGACAAGUGUCCAAGGCAACCCUUUUUCUCACUUGGGUAACAAGAUUUCUGGAUGGGAAAAAAGCUGUGGGGGACAGUAAUAUCUGCAUAGAAGAGAAAUUCAACAAGGGGGGCUACAGCUACGCUUACAACGACAUCAGAGCAAACCUUGACAGCAGAAUCUUCAAGACCUUGAGGUAUAGCAAUGUGUAUGAUCCCCUACUUAUG